GUUUUCAUUGUGUAAUCCUCUUUUUAAUCUUCUUACUGAGUUCCGAGUUCCGACAGUAUUCAAUUUAUUCUUCAAUGGAUUCCCUUAGGGCUUCUUACAAGUACGAGGAUGAUCCUACCGUUUCCGGGCAUCCUCAAACUGUAGAACUACACACAGUAAUCAACGGCGGUGAAUGCCCUUCGAACCCCGAGGAAGACCCGAAGCAGGAGGCAACCGUCCCCGGAAUCCACGAGAAAGAAGCGGCAAUGGUUUCGGAAGACCUCUCUUCUGACGAAGUCUCCGACGAAAUCCACGAAAAAGGAAUUGAAUACCCUAAACCCCCAAAUGAUGCUACGAAUUCUCCGAAUUUUACAAGAGUCUCCGACACCGAAGAAGACGAUGAAGAAGAGGAGGAGCCCCCACCCAAGAAACAGAGGCAGCUGUCUUCACUAGCCUCCGCUUCUCCGGAGAACCCUCAGAAGUCUGACGAUAUUGGGGAAAAUGCAGGUGUUCCUUCACCCUCCACCCCGGCAGCCGUUGCCGGAGAAGCUUCAAAUCCAUCCUUGCCAACUGCCACGGCCGCAAAACCGUCUUCCAAGAGCAGUAAGAAGUCCAAGAAGAAGAAUAAUAAUGUUUGGACGAGGCCUACUUCGCGUAAAGGGAAAAAGAAGGCCAAAACCAACGGCAAUAGUAAUGGGGCUCAGACGAACAAUGCAGGUGAAUUGGAGGAUAAGGUUUUGAUUACACCCACCCCAAGGUUUCCUGAUAAAAGUGAUGAUAGCCCAGAUGCGAAAAUAUGCCUUUCGAAGGUUAAUAAAGCCGAGAAAGUGGAAUUGAGUGACGACAGGAUGAGCGCUGGGAGUACUAAAGGGUAUAGAAUGGUGAGGGCUACAAGAGGAGUUGUUGAAGGGGCAUGGUAUUUUGAAAUUAAGAUUGUGCAUUUGGGGGAAUCUGGGCAUACUAGGCUGGGAUGGUCUACUGACAAAGGAGAUUUGCAGGCACCUGUUGGGUAUGAUGCAAAUAGUUUUGGCUAUAGAGAUAUUGAUGGGACGAAGCUGCAUAAAGCUGUCCGAGAGAAGUAUGGGGAAGAAGGGUACAAAGAAGGUGAUGUCAUCGGUUUCUAUAUUAAUUUGCCCGAUGGGAGUUUGUACACUCCAAAGCCUCCUAGAUGGGUUUGGUAUAAAGGGCAGAAGUAUGUAUCUGCUCCCGACGCGAAAGAUGAUCCUCCAAAAGUGGUUCCUGGAAGUGAGAUAUCAUUCUUUAAAAAUGGAGUAUGUCAAGGCACUGCUUUUAGUGAUCUAUACGGGGGUCGUUAUUUCCCUGCUGCUUCAAUGUAUACUCUACCAAACCAGCCCAAUUGCACUGUUAAAUUCAAUUUCGGACCUCAUUUUGAGUUUUUUCCUGAUGACCUUGGUGGGCGUGCGCUACCAAGACCAAUGAUUGAAGUGCCAUAUCACGGCGUUGAUGCCAGAGUUGAGAAUGGUGUGUCUACUGAGAAGAAGAUUUAGCUGCAAAACUUUCAGAAUUGCUAUCUCUUUUCUGUUUAAUAUAAGAUUGUUUUGGGGUUGAUCAUUGAUGAUGACCUUGUAACUUGUUAUUUUACAGAACAAGUCUUCCUGAGGUUAUUUAAUUAAUUUUAACUUCACUUUAACAGUCGUUCAUUAAUAUAAGUUCCCUUUUAUAAUUUACCUGUAUACUUCCUGACGACAAUGGGUGAAUUAAAUGAACUUCUUAUUCCCUAACCUGAUUGCCUG